ACAUAUCGCUGGUCACACAACUCAUUGGACUCAAAGAGAAAAGUCACCUGCCUGCAGCCCUCCUUAGAGGCAUCAAGUGGUGCAGCGAGUGCAUCGCGACACUCCGGAUGACCUGGUCUUGCCAGCGACAUAGGAGGGACAGUACAUGGAUUAUCGAAGCUGAUUAUGAUGGGCAGAUGAAAGACAGAAGCUGCAUGAAGGGAUAUUUCUUGUUGCUGAGCAAGUCACAAAGGUCGUAAAAUCUCCGAAGGCGGGUCAAAGGUGAAGCAGGGCGGUUGUGCUCAAUGGGUGCCAGCGCCAACAAGAUGGACAGACUGGAGGUGGAGAACCCACCGGAAGUGAGGCGCCGGAACGCGUCUGGUCACGAACGGUCUGGGCAGCUGAUGAAGAUGAUCAGCCUGUUGCUGCUGACACCACAGUACGCGCUUCUCAUCCUCACCAUGCGCUACGUGCGCACACGUCCGGGCGCCAUGUUUGUGACGUCAACAGCCGUGCUGCUGGCCGAGCUGGUCAAGACGCUGACCUGCCUCCUGCUCGUGCUGGUGGAGCAGCGGAGCGCCCGGCUGUGGGCUCUUCAUCUUUACGAGAACCUCCUCUGUCAGCCCUGGGACUUCCUCAAGGUGUGUGUGCCCUCUCUUCUCUUCGUCGUGCAGAACAACCUCGUCUUCGUCGCCGUCUCCAACCUGGACGCCGCCACCUUUCAGGUUACUUACCAACUGAAGAUCCUGACGACAGCUGUAUUCUCCGUGAUGAUGCUCGGCAAGAGCCUCAGUCGCUCUCAAUGGCUCGCUCUGUUUCUCCUCUUUGUCGGUGUCUCAGUCAUACAGGUGCAGUCCGCUGGAGUGCAGUCAGGCGCUGCGAUGUCCCCGAGUGCCCAGAGCCCCGUGAAGGGUCUGGCGGCCGUCGUCGUCUGCUGCUGUCUCUCCGGCUUCGCCAACGUCUUCUUCGAGAAGCUCCUCAAGGGAGGCAAGCAGUCUGUCUGGAUGCGGAACAUUCAGCUGGGGUUGUCAGGCACCAUCCUAGGCGCACUGGCGGUGUGGAUCAACGACGGCAGCAAAGUUCGGGUGCAGGGUUUCUUCUACGGCUACGACACCCUGGUGUGGGUGGUGGUGGCCAUGCAGUCGCUGGGCGGGCUGCUGGUGGCGGCGGUCAUCAAGUACGCCGACAACAUCCUCAAAGGCUUCUCCACAGCCGGCUCCAUCCUACUGUCCUGCGUCGCCUCCGUCUACUUCUUUAACUUUGAAAUGACGAAGGAGUUCAUGCUGGGCACGGGUCUCGUGCUAGUGGCAGUCUACCUCUACAGUUCCUUCCCCGCUGUGUCCCCCAGUGUAACGAUCACAGUGUCUCCCCCAGAUCACCACAGCAACAAGACUUAGUGACGUCAGCCAGCAGCACGUGCAGUGCGUGCUCCAGUGCUCUGACUUCAAAGACAUUCUCACACCAAUGUGCUUCUCCCGGCAUUCAGCUUCGCUGAGGUUACAGAUUUGUCCAGUCAUCUGCACAAAACAUCAUCAGUUUAUAUUGUUUGAGCGGCUGUUCAACAAGUGGAUGGUCUACAGAAAGAUCGAGGAGUGAGAGCUGUAGAUGAGAAACUGUUUCUUCCUAAUUCUUUUUCUUCCUUAUAAAACAUAUUGCUAGCGGGACACUUCUAGUAUACACUACACGUAUGUUCA